UUUGACGUCCGCAAACAAGGACGGGUCCCGGGGGCACGCGCACGCACGCACCCGAGUCGCAGGAUUUUCUACUGCUCUGCUGACUGCUACUGCCUUCUCUCCCCUUCCUUUCGUUCGCUUCCCUUCCCUUCCCUUCCUCCGGUAGCUCCCGCUCCCGCUUUCCUCCUCCUCCUCCUCCUGCUCGCGGGGAAGUCCAGCGGAGUCGCCCUCGCCGGAGUGCGGCCCGGCCCGGCCCGGCGGCGCCACCUCGGCGCCGGAGGAGGCACGUUUGCGCGCCCGCCGCGGAGGGUCGAGGCCCGGAUCGACGUGGCGCGGAGGCGGGCUGUAAUCCCCGCGGUGGCUGCUCUGCUUCUGGAGACGCGGGGCGCGCUGUGGACCUCCCGUGCGCGCUUCGGUUCUGACCAACCCGCGCCUGCUUUCCUUGCCCCUCGGCCCUCGGGCUCGGCCGGCCUCUGCUCGGUGCUGCAGUACUGCACUGCAACUCGCCCAGUCAGUCGCUCGCUCGCUUCCGCUGGGAUUCCAGGACGGAAGGUGGCGUGUGGAGGCGCGCGCGUUUCGCCCGGCUCCGGUUUUCUGCCGGGCGCCGGAGUCGCUCGCAGCCUCGCCUAGAUUUGCCGCGCGCCGCGGCGGAUGUUCCCCGACGCGCGGCGGAUCUCGGCGGUUUUUGCUGCGGCGCGGAGUGAAGCGUGAAGGUACGGUCCCCGACUGGAUUUCGGGGAGAUGGUGCCGUCGGGGCAGCCCAACCCGAUGGGCCCUGGACAGCAGGUGGGCGCGUCGCUGCUCCGGACGACCUCCAGCCUCCUCGGCGGCGCAGGCGGCGACCAGCCGGGGAUGGGGAUGGUCGGCGCCGGCGGGGUGCUGCCCUCGCAGUCGUCGCCCUUCUCGUCCCUUGUCUCGCCGCGCACGCAGUAUGGUGGCGGCAGUGGGAACGGCUUGCUGGCCGGCGCGUCCAGUGUCGCGUCCAUGCUCAGCAGGCAGCACUCGUAUGGGAAUGGGGGGACUGGGGCAAUGCCGGGCAGCGGCGCCGGUCUCCCCAUCGGUGGGCUGCAGCACAGAGGCGGCCUUGAUGGUGUUGGUGAUUUGGUUGGCACUGGAGGGCCCGAUUCCAUGGUGUUCUCCUCCUCCUCCUCCGCCCCUGGUAGUUUCGGCAAUCAGCUUGGUGCCGACGGCUUACAACAGCAGCAGAUGCAGCUGGAUGCACCACACGAUUCACAAAAUCAACAGCAGCAGCAACAGCAAAUGCCAAUGACAUAUAAUCAGCAGCAUAUGAUGCCACAAACUCAGCAGCAGCAGCAGCCUGCAGUGAAGCUGGAGAAUGGAGGCGUCCUGGGUGGGGUCAAACUGGAGCAGCAGAUGGGGCAGCCGGAUCAGAGUGUUUCCACACAGAUGCAACGCAGUUCGAGUGGCGGUGUGAAGCUUGAGCCGCAGUUGCAAGCGCUGAGGAGCUUGGGUGCUGUCAAGAUGGAGCACCAAAGCUCCGAUCCAUCUGUGGUCCUGCAGCAACAGCAGCAUCAACAGCAACGACAUAUGUUGCAGCUGUCUAAGCAGAACCCCCAGGCUGCAGCUACUCAGCUGAGCCUCCUACAACAGCAGCAGCUGUUCUUGCAACUGCAGCAGCAACAGCAACAACAUCAACAACAACAGCAGAUUCUCAAGAACCUGCCUUUGCAGAGAAACCAAUUGCAGCAGCAGCAACAGCAGCAACAACAACAGCAACAUCAGCACCAGCAGUUGCUUCGUCAACAAAGUCUAAAUAUGCGGGCUGGUAAAACACCUGCUUAUGAACCAGGGACCUGUGCAAAGAGAUUGACACAUUACAUGUAUCACCAGCAAAACAGGCCACAGGACAAUAACAUCGAGUACUGGAGGAACUUUGUCAAUGAAUACUUUGCCCCGAGUGCCAAGAAGAGGUGGUGCGUAUCUCUGUAUGGCAAUGGCCGUCAAACUACCGGAGUUUUCCCUCAGGAUGUUUGGCAUUGUGAGAUAUGCAGUAGGAAGCCAGGGCGAGGUUUUGAAACGACAGUUGAGGUCUUGCCACGGUUGUGCCAAAUCAAAUAUGCCAGUGGUACACUUGAGGAACUUCUGUAUGUUGAUAUGCCGAAAGAGUCCCAGAAUUCAUCUGGACAGAUUGUUUUGGACUAUACCAAAGCGAUCCAGGAGAGUGUCUUUGAGCAACUGCGUGUAGUUCGUGAGGGGCAUCUAAGAAUUGUAUUCAACCAAGACCUUAAGAUUGCAUCGUGGGAGUUCUGUGCUCGGCGUCAUGAGGAACUUAUUCCUCGGAGAUCAAUCAUUCCACAGGUCAGUCAACUUGGUGCUGUGGUGCAAAAGUACCAGUCUUCCGUUCAAAGUUCAGCGUCACUCUCAAGUCAGGACUUGCAAAACAAUUGUAACUCGUUUGUGGCAUGUGCUCGUCAGUUGGCUAAGGCACUGGAAGUGCCAUUGGUAAAUGAUUUAGGAUACACGAAAAGAUAUGUCCGCUGCCUCCAGAUUGCAGAGGUGGUCAAUUGUAUGAAAGAUUUGAUCGAUCACAGCAGGCAGACUGGGUCUGGUCCAAUAGAGAGCUUGCAUAAGUUCCCUAGGAGGGGGAAUUCAGGGGUUAGUUCUGUUCAAGUCCAGCAGGAGUCUGAGGGGCAGAAACCUGUCCCACAGAAUUCUAACCAGAGUGGCCAAAAUUCUGCUCCUGCAACUGGAAUGGAAGCCUCUGCCUCCGGCAAUGGUGAUGCUACGUCAAACAAUUCACUCAAUUGUGCACCAUGUACUUCCGCACCAUCUUCUUCAUCUGUUGUUGGUCUCCUCCAAGGCUCAGUAAGUUACAGACAAGACCAUCCAACAAGCAGUGGCAAUGGUAUCUAUAAUGGCGGAAACAGUGGUCCAGCUGCCAAGGCCAACUCAACGAACUCCAUGCAAUCAAAUGGACCGGCAUCGUUUCCCUUGCCAGCACCCUCAGCAUCAAAUGGCAAUAUGAUGCCUGCUCCCCAGCACUCUAGCCAAAUGAAUUCGCCGACCAUGCCAUCAAGCCUACCUCCUAUGCAAACGCCUGCAAGUCGGCCUCAAGAACCCGAGCCAAACGAGCCUCAAAGCUCAGUCCAGAGGAUACUGCAAGACCUGAUGAUGCAGUCCCAUAUUAACAGCGUUGGGCCAGUGGGAAGCAAUAUGAAGACAGCAAACACGGUUGGUCUUAACGGUGCCAACUCCUUAGCUGGCAAUCCCAUGACAAAUAGCCCUGGAAUCAUCAACGGAAUGGGAUUCGGGGCUAUGGGUGGCCUUGGUCAGCAGAUGAGAACAGCAAUGGGGAACAACGCGUUGGCGAUGAAUGGAAGGGCCGGCACCAUGAAUCACAGCGCGCAUGACCUGGCACAGCUGAGCCACCAGCAGCAGCAACAGCGAGAUUUAGGAAACCAAUUGCUCGGGGGCCUUAGGGCUGCCAACAGUUUCAAUAGCCUCCAGUACGACUGGAAGUCGUCUCAGUAGAGUGAGCAGGAGCCAGAGAGCUCGCACCUGAUAUUUAUACUCGUUGGGUCCAUCACUGACAGCAUAAACGUUACAUCCCUCAGAAGCGGCGGGUUCUUAUGUUACAGCAAAAAGGAAACAUUAGCAAUGUUACGACAAGUGUCUGUAUGGCUGUGUUCCUUUGUAAUCCGCAAAUAGGAGGACCGUACCCAACCCAUUGGGGGUUGGGGGCAAGUGUCGGCGGAUUCCAAACUGGGGGGAAGAUCAGAGCGUCUUUCCCCUGUUUUUUUUCGGGUUGGAUGACGAUGAUUUCUCUCUUGCAGUCUGUGUACCAUGGCUCACCGUACUCUUGUGUACCUUUUGAUGGCCAAGAAUCUCACUGUAGCUGUGCUAUACUAUGUAUAAGCUGUUAUUUACUAGUGGAAAGCAUGAGGAAAAGUUUCUGAAUCUUGGAUGACGA